AUGCCUUAUAAAUCGAAAAAGCAUACGUACAUUAAAAAAGAAGUCGAUAGCUGGUUUCGCAAUGCUGUUUAUGACACAUGUUAUGUUUCUUUGACAGCAUAUACUGAAGAAGACAUAGCAAAUUAUAAAUUGAGCUUAAUUAAAAAAGAGAAAAAGACACCCAAAGAAGUUGGUAAUAUAUUCAAAGACAAUAUAACAAUAGAACAAGAAUAUGAUACAUUAAAAGACAAUAAAACUUCUAAAAGCGAUAAAAGGUCAAAAUAUGAGAAAAAGUCUAAAUAUGAUAAAACGCCUAAAGAUACAUUUAAAGAUUUUAAAACGCCUAAAAAUGUUAUAACAUCUAAAGAUUUUAAAAUGCCUAAAGAUGUUGAAGCAUCUAAAGAUUUUAAAACGCCUGAAGAUGUUAAAACGUCUAAAGAUGUUAAACCGUCCAAAGUUGAUAAAACAUAUAAAGACAACACAUCUAUAGACGACGAGCCUGCUAAAAAAAAACAGAAAUUGGAUACAAAUGGAAUAGAUGUUUUGAAAUUAGUAUCGUUAAGACCCAAGAAGGAAAUUGCGUCUACCAGUACAGCAGAGGAAGUACCCUUAGUAAUUGAUUGCGAAGAAUCUGUGGUAGAUUGUGUGUCUGCUAAUUCUUCAGCUACAAAUGUAGAACAAAAGGUCUGGGUCAAGGAUCUUAAAAAAAUGAUGGAUGUAGAUAAUUACAAAAGGUGGCAGAAAAUAUUCAAUUAUAAUAAUAAACCCAAUCAUCCAACAAAUAGCACUAAAAAGUUAGCAGUUGCUAAACUCCCAAUAAGUGGACCUAUAAGCGGACCUAUAAGUUUACCUAAAUUAACUGUACUUAAACACGCAGUAAAUGGCAAAAAAUAUGUAAGAGGGCAUUUAGUAAAAAUUGAAAAAUUAUACAUAAAAUAUUUCACUAAAACCGUACAAGAUACUGUCGUGGUUAUUGCAAGUAUACUCAAUAUAAUAUCAAUGUCUAAUAAAUAUCACAAGGCACGAAUGGAUGAAUCUUUUAAGAAAAGUUUUGAUGCCGAAAAACUUAAAGAAAGAUGCGAUGCCAACAAAUUACAUGGAAGGCAUAAACAAAUUCUAGAAACAAAGUUGAAAAACUAUGUUAUAGACGUUGUAUCAUCUUUUGAAAUGUCGGAAUUUGAUUCUGCAUUUCAGAUGUUUUUUCUAAGUAUAUUAACUGUACUUCGAGUUUUGGAUCAGCCCAAUUUCAAAAAAGGUAAUAUCUUCAAAAAUUUGGUAUUUUUAAUAUGGAACAGUUUGAAGAACAGUGAAUAUAACCAUCCCCAAAUGUUUUCAUUGUUCCGGUCAAAGACAUUUCGACCUAACUGCAUUGAUUUAAUAGGUCUAAUUGAAGAUAGUCGGGAUAUUGACUCUGGAGUCACCGAUGGCAUGUCUUUUUUUUUUGUAUCAACUGUAAACAGUCCGGAAUAUUUUCAAGCAGUUAUUGAUGCCGUCACCGGUGAUUCGAAUGAAGAUCUGGGGUCAUUAAUCGAUAAUGCAGCUUUUCAAUGUUCCAUUAAUUCAAAGUUUAAAGAUCCUGUAGCUUCACCAACUGCACAAUCUUCAGAUGACAAAAUACCAGCAACAGAAACUAUCCCUAGCACUGUCAAUAAUGAUGAAAUAAUUCAACCCUUGUUCCUAGCCAAAAAUCCAGAUGGAACUUACCGACAAAUACCUGUGAUAAAUGGUAAUAAGACCCAAACCAUUGGUAAUACUGCAAUAAAACCAAAAAUUUUAACGGGCCAGCCGUUAAAUAACUUCAAUCAAUCAUUUUCUUCUUCACUACAAAAUAAAAAUUUGGAACCUUCUACUUCUAAAGUAAUACCAACAAACAAAUGUUUUGUUGUCGCGCCAACUAUUUCACACAGUCCUUUGGUGCAAGUAACAGCAUCUUUGUCAAAAUCUGCAACAACAAUACCAGCAACAACAACCACAUUUUUGACAUUCAAACCAGCAGUUCCGAUUAAUAUUUCUAUGGUAAACGGUGCUCUUCAAAGAGCUGAAGUUAGCACUAUUUUAGUUGGCAACAGACCAUAUAAAUUGGUUAAGGGUCCAACAGGUCAAAUGAGAGCAGUAAUCAAUAAAGCUAAAACAUUUAUUAAACCACAGCCAGACGGUAUGGCCAAAUGCUACGUGAGAGAUUGUACCAAGUCUGCAACAAUAAUGUGCAGUAUCUGUACAUCGGUGAAAUACUGUUCCGAUGAAUGCCAAGGCCUUGACUGGCAUGAUAGUCACUUUAAAGUCUGCCAACAACUGGUAAAGCAAAAGAAGAGACCCUAA